AUGGCUGCGAAAGCUCGUGCGAGGCCGCGAGACUCUUGGCGGCGAUUCUGGCUGGUGCUGGGCCAUGCCUUGAGCGAGUGCUUCCUCAUCGUAAUGCUGCUUGUGGUCGCCGUGGUGUCGUAUACCGCGACGAGGUUCGCGCGCAUCUGCAGGAUCCGGUCACCGUGCAUGCUGUGCUCAAGAUUGGACAAGGUUCUGCAUGGCAAGGCCUGGUUCUCUGAGGAGCUGAUUUGUGCAGCACACAGGGUGGAAAUCGCGCGUUUAUCUUAUUGCCAGAUUCACAGUAAGCUCGCACAUUCUGAUGAUCUAUGUGGAAAGUGCUUGCUUUCAUGUUCUGGACCAGUUGGUAAGCCAGGUAACCCAACAAACAUGAGCAUUAAGGAGAAGGCGGGGCACACACACCGAUGUUCUUGUUGUUCAGAGCCAUUCACGAAGAGAGACAACGCGCACAAGUUAUUUGAGGAGGUGAAUGGCAGGUCUCAGAAUGAUGGAAUGAGCAAAGUGAAGGAGAGAAGCAUGGCCACGGCAAGCGUUGGGCAUUCUUCGGAUGAGGAUUUUGAUCAAUUGCCUCACGGAGGUUACAGAAAGCUAAAUGCCUGUCAUGACUCUCAAUCAGAGAUUCAUGUCUCAGAUGAUGAUGUUGGCGGCUAUGCAAAGCCUUAUGAAGCUAAACGUCGAACCAGAGAUCUCGACGAGCACUCGAAGGCUGUGCCUCAGCAAAUUCGUCAGGAGCUUCCGAAAGAGAAAACUUUUCUGGUUGGUGUUGAGGAGGUCGGCGAUUUAGAGGGUGUUUCACGAAGCCCUGACCAGGAAGCUGCAGAGGCUUUUGCUGCUUCUGCAUCUAACGAGGCCCGCUCAACUACAAACCAUUAUAUCAACCGCAACAGUAGCAUGAAGAAUGCUCCUGGUGGUAGAGGCAAUCUUAGGUCUCCUCGAUGGUCUGAAGUAAUCUCCGCUAAGGAAACCAAUUCAACAACACAUGAAGAAGUGAAGACAUUCAUGUCCCAGUUGUCUUCUGCGCGAGGCCUCGAUGGUCCUUGGAGUGAGGUGGCUGCUAGCCCCAGAAUCAGCAUACAGAUUGAUGAGUACAGUCAAUCUGAUGCCAUUGAUGGCAGACAGUUCCUUGAUCUGGAACCAUCUGAUGUUCCAACUGAAGCUGAAGGUGAAAUCUCCCCUGAGUCCCUGAAGAAGCAAUGCGAGCUUAACAAGAAAAAACUAAGCAUCCUUUAUAAGGAGCUCGAGGCAGAACGGAGUGCUUCGUCUGUUGCAGCAAGUGAAGCGAUGGCUAUGAUCAAUAGGUUGCAAGUGGAAAAGGCUGCAAUGCACAUGGAGGCGCUGCAGUAUCUCCGGAUGAUGGAAGAGCAGGCUGAUCAUGACCAAGAAGAAAUUGGAAAGCUAAAUGACUUGCUUACAGAAAGGGAGAAAGAAAUGCUUGACCUGGAAGCUGAACUCGAAAGUUAUGAGAGCAAGUUCCGCAUCGAACCAUUUGAUCUCGGGAAUUUUGACGCUGUUGAUGGAGAUAUGGCACUCAGUGUCUUGGAUAGCUCAGAUUUUGUGAGGAAUACCAUCUUUGGUUUUGAAGAUGAGAAGGCCAAAAUUUUGGAAUCCUUGAGCAGAUUAGAGGAAACACUUGGCGUGCCUUACACAAAUAGAUUUGAUUUGGGUGGCGCAAGUGACAUCCUACAGAGUGGGUCACUGAGAGAUCAUCCAAGUGAUGGGCCUGGCCAACAUGUAGAGAACUCAGAAUUGGAAUGUGGGAGUUCACUAUUGCCUCAGGAGCACAUGAACGACGAAUCACACUUGAACGAUGACUCACUGAGAGAUCAUCCAAGUGAUGGACCUGGCCAAGAUCUAGAAAACUCAGAAUUGGAAUGUCAGAGUUCACUAUUGCCUCAGGAACACAUGAACGAUGAAUCACACUUGAAAGAUGACUCAAUGAGAGAUCAUCCAAGUGAUGGGCCUGGCCAACAUGUAGAAAACUCAGAAUUGGAGUGUCGGAGUUCACUAUUGCCUCAGGAAGACUUGAACGAUGAAUCACUAAGAGAUCAGCCAAGUGAUGGGCCUGGCCAAUACGUACAAAACCCAGAACUGGAAUGCCGAAGUUCACUGUUGCCGCAGGAAGACCUGAAAGAUGAAUCCGUCUCAUUACAACGAAAUGAUGAAAAUCAAUCUGUUGAGAACCAAAAAUAUGUUGGCUCAUGUUCGCGCUCAGAUGAUGAUAAAAUUAGUUCCGUGGAAAGCAUUAAACAAGAAAUUUCGCUCUUGAAUAGUAGACUCAUGGCACUUGAAGCAGAUCAGAAGUUUCUCAAGCAGAUAUUGAGUUCUCUUAAAUGUAGUAGUGAUGGAGAACAAUAUGUGCAGGAGAUAACUAGUCAUUUGAGGGAGCUGCGAAGAAUCGUUACCAAGCAGAGAGAUAGGACAGCUCUAUGA